ACCAAGAGCCUCCACCGUCCAGGCUACUAUGAGAAGGGGAAGUGUGAGCAGCAGCAAAGUUCGCAAAACACACGUUUGGAACAAGAGAAAAAGAAAUUACUCUUCUUAACAGGUCUGAUCAGAGGUGUUACACAAUGGCUCAGGGCUGCCUAAAGUGUUUAAAGUACACCAUGUGUGUCGCCAACUUCCUUUGCUUUAUGUGUGGUGCGGCCGUAUUGGGCUUCGGUGUGUACAUGACCGUAAAUUUCAAGAUGGCUGCACUCACCCCGACCUUGGCCAGCUUCAACUUGGCCAACAUGCUGCUGAUCAGCGGCAUUGUUAUCACCUGUGUGUCCUUCCUAGGAUUCCUGGGCGCUCUGAAGGAGAACCGCUGUCUUCUCCUGACGUUUUUCCUGCUGCUGUUCAUACUGAUGUUGGUGGAGCUGACUGUAGCGUGCUUGCUACUCAUGUACGAGAGAGAGAUUGCUACAAUGGUGGAAGACGAUCUCAACAAGGGUUUAGCGAAAGCUAAAGGAACGACUGGAAAUUCAACGAGGGAUGUAUUGAAUGAGUGGGAUCUGCUUCAGAACAACCUUGAGUGCUGUGGAGUCAAUAAUAGGACAGACUGGGGAAACAACGUGCCUGAGUCUUGCUUGGUGAAGCCACCCAAGCCAUCUGGGCCUUUAUACUGGGAAAAGGGUUGUUUGUUAACAUUACAGAACUUCUUUGAAGAAAAUUUCCUACACACUGGGAUUUCUGUCAUCAUCCUCUGCAUUAUCGAGGUUUUGGGAAUGUGUUUCGCCAUGACGCUGUUUUGCCACAUCAGUAGAUCUGGACUGGGCUACAAGUUGUAGACCAGUGUUGGGCAAAUAGUGGCCUGUGGGGCAAAUAAGGCCCGCCAACUAAAGUAUGUCCAAUGAAAGUUGUCCCUUUUGCAUCAAAACCAUUUCCUUAUUUUUCGCAACUAUGUAAAUAACAGUGUACUGAUUAAAAAGUAAAAAAACUUUCCUCUGGCAACAGUAAAAACAGUAUUUGUUUGUUUUACCAUAAAUGAAGCAGGUCAAUGUGGGUUUGUACAACCCAUCAAUUGCAUUUUAAGUUUCAUAGUGCAACAAAUAAUACAUUUAUGUAAAUAAGUGUUUUUUUGCCAUGUGUUUUACAAAAGAAUUGAAGUAAGAAUUGAAUAUAAGGCUCCACCUCCACUGUGCCUGUAAAACUACAGAUGGGGGACAAGUUAAAGAAGCUAUGUCUAAGUUUUGCUUUUGAUACUUAGCUAACAUUAGCAUUAGAAGCUGUUUACUUACCAGUCUCACCAACUGCUUCAGUCAUUGUUGUGUUGACAAUACAAGAGGAUGCUAAUGUUAUCUACGUAGCAAUAACAAAACGUACAUAUAGCUUCUUUAAAGGAAAAACCUGAAUGAAUGAGUGAAGUACAGGGCAUGAACCUCCAGAUCUCAAUCCAAUUCAUGUCCUGUGGGAGAUUUUGGACCAACAUGUCGACAGCACUCUCCAUCACCACCAUCAAAACACCAAAUGAGGGAAUCUAUUUUAGAAGAAUGAUGCUCAUCGCUCCAUUCUCGUUCUGAUAAUCUACACCAAGGAGCAUUGAAGCUGUUUGAAGCUGUUCUGGCAGCAGAUGGUGGCCCAACAGCCCGCUGCAGUGUUGGGGUUUUCCUUCAAUUUGUCACCCGUCUUUAUAUUUAAGAAUACUGAAAAAAAAACCUGGUGUACAAUCAAACCUGAUUGAUGACGAGCUAUAGACAAUAUGCCUUUUAUCUUUGUAUUUUUGAGUUAAUGAUUGUACAGUUCUGUCCUUUAAAAAUCCUGUGCCUGAGAAUAUAUGAGACUUUUCUGAAAGCUCAGAAAAUUAUUUUAUAAAUACAGCAUUGACAGCAGCAUUUUGUUAUAUCAAUUUAUUCCACUUUUCACUUGCACUGGAAAAUGAAAAGCUGAAAUUAAAUAUAUUUCAAUGUCUGUUUCGAGUGAGGUAAAGCUAUGUGGAAUGUUAUUUCAGUCUCAGCUGUGUGAAAUGAAAGCAGUUUUGUAUGACUUGCUUGUUGCAAAGUUUCUGUUAAUAUCGCUGCUGUAUAUUUUACAAAGGGAUUAAAGUUUGAAAAGCAUUUGUUUCUGCAAAAUGUAGGUAAAAUUCUUCCACAAACUUUUCACUGACAACUUUUAGAAAUCCUGUAAUGUAUUGUUUAGUUUUAAAAUGGCACUGUAUCCUC